AAGUAUGGCACGAAGAAGCUACUCACCAGAAGACAGACGACAAAGUUACUCGCAUAAGCGGGACAAUAGUGCUUCUCCUGACCGGGUUAGAAGAAAAUCGGAGCGCAGCCGUGAGCGUGGUAGAGACGUCAGUAGGACUGGACGAGAUGGAUACAAUGGGCCUGACCGACGACACAAUCGUGAUCGGCGAAGAGAAUACAGUGAGAGUCUCGAUGGUAGUGACCGUGAGCAGGAUCGAAAAAGGAACAGAAGCCGGACCCGAAGUCGACAAAGGAGCGUGAGUGCUGAUAGUAGUCGAGAUCGAAAGAGAAGCAAAAAAGAUAAAAAGGAGUCAAAGAAGAAGCGCGAGACGUCUGAAGAACGCCGUGCGAGGAAAGCAGAGAGAAAAGCCGAGAAGAAACAGCUGAAAGAGGAUCUAAAAGCUCAAAAAGAGUCACAAAUCGCAGCUCAAAUGUCGGCGUCGCUCGGCUACUCCAAUUCUGAAAAUCCUUUCGGGGACAGUAAUUUGAGUGCAAAAUUCGUUUGGCUAAAGAAACGAGAGAAGGAAUCAAAGGAAGGUUUGAUGGGAAGCGAGAGAAUCCGAAGGGAUCUGUCAAGACGAGAGGAAAUCGAAACCGAAUUGGACAAGCUGAAAAAGCGCCGCACAGAGAGGGAAAUAGAGCAACAGCUGAGGGAACAGGAACAGCUAAGACUGCAACGGGAGCAGGACCGCAUUGCAAUGGGCGAUUGGGAGUCGAAGGAAAAUGAGUUCCACUUGGAACAAGCAAAGACAAGAGCACAGAUUCGGAUCAAAGAGGGGCGUGCCAAGCCAAUUGACAUCUUUGCAAUGAACCUCAGCUUGGCAAGUGACUCUCGAGUAGCGGAGGAAUUCGAUGCGCUUGGAUUCGAAAUGGGAAUUGAAGAACCGUAUCUCAUUUUCCGUGAUCUGACCCUCGAGGAGGUUGAAGAGCUGCACAAGGAUAUCCAGCUAUACCUAUCACUGGAAACAGAUGAAAACAAUGUCCGAUUCUGGGAAGCCAUGAUCGUUGUAUGCGAUGACGAAUUGGCCAAGCACCGUAGCGCCGCUGCGGGAUCAGUGCCAAGCGGUGUCACGGACGCAAUAGCCGAAGACAUUGAAAAGAUGUUUGCGAAUAAAACUCAUGAUCAGCUCACACUACUACAAAAACAGAUUGAGAAGAAACUGAGCCAGGGAGGACCUGUAGAUGUAGAGUAUUGGGAGACAGCCAUCAAAGCGUUAAUUGUAUGGAAGGCGAAAGCUAAACUCCGUGAUAUGCAUGGUUUCAUGCUACGGAAGCGGCUGGAGCGUCUGCGCGAAAAGAAGCAUACUGAAAUGGAGACAGGUGUUACCCCACAACCCAUUCAAUUCCGGAGGGAAGACCCCGACGCUACGGCUGCCUCCAUGGCGGCGGAGGCUGAAGAGGAAGUGGAAACGGAUGAGGAGAUGGAAGAAUACGAUCCAUCAAUGAGUCCUGUCCUCGUUGACAGAAUCAGCAAGGUGGAUGCCGGGUUCGAAGUGGUGGAUGAAGAGGUGGAUCUUAACCAGUUGAUGGAAGCGCGGAACCUUGUCUUAAAGAGCCAGCUUGGUGUUUUGGGUGGAUUGAGUGCUGAGAAGGCACUCGCCCUUGCUGGCGCAGGGCCUUCGAUGGAAGACCUGGCUGAGCAGGCAUUCAUGAGGGAAGCUGCCGAGAAUAUGGGCUUGGACGAGACGGCAUUCAAUGAAGAGGCAAUUAUAUCUGCAUCCGCAGCGACACAGGAUCCGUACCUCUGGCAUGACAAGUAUAGACCGCGCAAGCCUCGAUACUUCAAUCGCGUCCAUACUGGGUAUGAAUGGAACAAAUACAAUCAAACACACUAUGACAGUGAUAACCCACCACCCAAGGUCGUGCAAGGCUACAAAUUCAACAUAUUUUAUCCUGAUCUUAUUGACAAAAGCAAGGCGCCAACAUAUGUACGCGAGAAAGAUGAAGGAUAUCCAGAUACAAUCAUCUUGCGGUUCAAAGCGGGUCCUCCUUACGAAGACAUUGCUUUCAGGAUUGUCAACAGAGAGUGGGAGUAUUCACAUAAAAAGGGCUUCAGAAGUUCUUUUGAUAGAGGUGUGCUGCAGCUGUGGUUCCACUUUAAACGGCAUUACUAUAGACGAUAGUUGGUGACCUGUAAAUAAAAUGGAUCGGGGGGGCAGUCACGGAGCUAAGCCACCCGUUUGUUGCUUACUUGAAAAUGUCCAG